GCCCGGUGCGAGGGCUUGGGGACAGCGGGGACGGACGGAGGAGGGACAGGAAAGCGUGACCGGCAGCGUGUGCCAAGGGGGAAACGCAGGGUCCGGCUCUCCCGACCCCGUAAGGCCUCCGGUAUCCGGCCAGGGCGAGGGGGCCGUGGUGGGACCCGUGGGGUUGGGGACAGGCUGGUGGCCCGUGUUGGGGCUGGGUGGCUUUGGCAGGUGGCUCUGCCCCGGGAAGGGGAGGAGGCUGUGCGGCACUCCCAGCCCGGCCGGCAUCCCUCGCCACCGCCCCGCGAUGCUCCAGUCCCGGCUCAGCCUGGCAGCAGCACAGGCAGGGAGGGCACCCCGGCCUGGAGGAGGACAUGGAGGAGGACAACCGGACAGAGACCUGGCACCGAAGCCUCCAGGCAGUGCUUAAUGCCUUGAACCAGACGCUGCAUGGGGUCAUCCUCUGUCCCACUGACCGCCCCGCCACCACCGCACGCAACGCCAGCACCCGCGCCGGCCAUCCCGGCCGCAACGACAACGCCUACAUGUACAUCCUCUUCGUCAUGACGCUUUUUGCCGCCACGGUGGGGAGCCUCAUCCUGGGCUACACCCGCUCCCGCAAAGUGGACAAGCGCAGCGACCCGUACCACGUCUACAUCAAGAACAGGGUCUCCAUGAUCUGAGCCCGGUCCCGACGCCUUGGUCCCUGGGAGCUGGCGGGUUUGGGGUCAUGUCGCUGCUGCGCAUCCCACUGCUUGCAGGAUGGGGCAGAGCUGCUGGCCAGCCUGGCCCCAAAACUGCUGGGAAAAUGCCCCCCGCCCCCCCCAUGCCCCCAUGGAGGUGCUCAGCCCCGGUGUGAGCAGCGUGGGGACAUCCUAGCUGGGCCACAGCUCCCGUCUGGCAGGAGCUGGCAGGGUGCGACCCGUAGGCAGGUCCCGGUUCCGCACACCCACCUCGGCUGAGCCCUGGGGGGGAUGGGGAUGGCAGAGGCAGCUUCUUUCCCACCGUGGCCUGCCAAGGCUGGCAGGGGUCUUCAAGGAGAAAAAUUCACCAUUUCCCCGCUCAGAUCAGCCAGCGUUGACCUCCGUGGGCUCCCAGCAUCUUCGUGACACGGACUAGCGGGCUUUUCUGGUGCUAAAACCCUGUAAUUUUUGAGCCAGGCUGGGCCCCGCUUUUCUGGCGGGGAAUUAAAGGAGGUGGCGGUUUCCA